AUGUUGAGACGAACUGGAUCAUGUAGCAAGCCGGGAACCAAAGCCUGUCGUGAGAAACAGAGAAGGGAACAGCUAAACGAGAAAUUUAUGGAAUUGAGCUCUGUUCUUGAGCCUACAAGGACUCCAAAGACGGAUAAAUCAGCGAUUCUAGAUGAUGCAAUCCGGGUUGUAAAUCAGCUCAGAGGUGAAGCUCUUGAUCUCAAAGAAACCAACCAGAAACUUCUAGAAGAGAUCAAGAGUCUCAAGGCGGAGAAGAACGAGCUAAGGGAAGAGAAGCUGGUGUUGAAGGCUGAUAAGGAGAAGAUGGAGCAACAGUUGAAAUCUAUGGCGGUUCCAUCACCAGGGUUCAUGCCUUCUCAUCCAGCAGCAGCUUACCAUUCAUUCUUAAGCCGUAAACUCUGUUUCUCAAUUAUGAGGGCUUGCCAACUGGAGUGA